AUGGAUCGUAGGUGGAUUCACAUACUUGAUAAGUUAUCACCAGAAUAUGCUGCUGGUAUAAACAAUUUCAUAAGUGUUGCAAGUGAGUUCAGAAACUCUAGUGGAAUGGUAUUAUGCCCGUGUCGGCGAUGCAUGAAUAAACAAUCACAAUCUUUGAAUGUGAUCAAGUUACACUUGCUCACUCAUGGAUUUCUUAGUACUUAUACUACUUGGACCCACCAUGGUGAGGAAAUAGAGGGUGUUGAAGAUGAAGUGCUAGCCGAUGUUGAGGAUGCUGAAGCAACCGAUGAUUUGUCUGCAGGCUUACAAGAUGCUUUUGGUGGUCCAUAUUUUGAUAUCGGUCCAACGAGUGAUUUCAUUGACAAUGAAUUCCCUCGCAAUUCUAAUGACAAGUAUGAUGCCUUGUUAGAUUCGGUUCAUAAUCCUUUGUAUGAGAAUUGUACAAAGUUUUCUGUCCUAAGUGCUGUCGUAAAGUUAAUGAAUUUAAAGGUGAUUAACAAGUGGACAGAUAAAGGCUUUGAUGACCUUUUGAAUUGUCUUAAAGAAAUGUUACCCGAUGGUAAUCAUUGCCCGAUAAGUUAUUAUCAAACGAGGAGGCUUCUAUCUGAAGUUGGCUUGGGGUACGAGCAAAUUGACGUGUGCCAAUAUGAUUGUGCAUUGUUUUAUGGUGAGAAUGCAAAUGCUACAAUGUGCCUUAUAUGCAAAUCUAGUCGUUAUGUGCGAAAUAAAAUUCCACAUAAACGACUUAGAUGGUUUCCAAUCAAGGCUCGACUGAAACGCUUGUUUAGCUCAAAGCAUACUGCCAAGGUUAUGCGAUGGCAUAAAGAGGUGCGCAAAGAUGAACCCGGUAUAUUACGUCAUCCAGCUGAUGGGGAUGCUUGGAAGAACUUUGACAAGACAUACCCUGAAUUUGCAGUGGAUUCGAGGAGUGUGCGAAUGGGACUAGCGUCAGAUGGGUUUAACCCUUUCUCAAACAUGACAUCCACGUACAGCUUAUGGCCUGUGAUAUUAAUUCCAUAUAACAUGCCGCCUUGGGCUUCUCCGAAUGGAACAAAUUAUCUCAUGUCAUUAUUAAUACCAGGGCCUAAAUCUCCUGGAAAGGAUUAUGAUGUGUUUUUGAGACCACUGAUUGAAGAACUUAAGGAGUUAUGGGAGGGAAUUGAGGCGUAUGAUUCAUAUGAAGGGUGUAUGUUCAAACUUCGAGCCGCUAUCUUAUGGACAAUCAGUGAUUUUCCAGCUUAUGCCUACUUAUCGGGAUGGAGCACUGCUGGGAAAUUAGCAUGCCCUGUUUGUUUGGAUGAUACGAGAUCUAAAAGAAUAACCGACAAACAAUGUUUCAUGGGGCAUCGAUGUUAUUUGAGAAACAACCAUUCUUGGCGAAAGAGUAGAGAGUAUGAUGGGGCUACUGAGUUUCGUCCCCCACCUAGAACUUGUUGGACGCAUCAUCUGCGAAGUUGUUGGAUUCUUUCAGUAAAACCGUUCAAUGGUAUAUACUGA